GAAAAAGCUUGCGUAUUAAAUCGUGGCAAGCACCUAAACGAUGUUUUACUACUUAUUUUCUUAAUAUUUUAAAUUAAAAUGUCACCAGUGAAUUAAAUGUAAAAGACUCACACAACUCCAAUCCAUAGUGCGCACUGUUGUGUUCCAUUUACAAGUGUGGUUAGAAUUCUGAUUUAUGAAUAUUUACAAUGGGCACUUCAGUUAGUCGACAAACCGAUUUGUCUUCGAAUGAAUUCCUUGUACGUUUCAUCGGCGAGGGAACUAUUUCCAAGGAUGACAAUUUUUGGGAUAGGUUUCUUUCGUUUAGCAUUACACCGCCUUGUAACAAGGAAGAACAAUUGUCGUUGGAUUCAAGAGUCGAAACGCUUUGUCAAAAGUUAUUGCUGUACGAUACGCAUACAGCAAAUUUUUCUACGCUGAUCCAAGUGUUUCAUGCUAAGGCGUCGAAGAUAUUGUCAUUAACGAAUACAGACAAUAACGUCUUAAUAUGGCAGACUUUCAAUGCAUUAUUUGUCAUAAGAUGCAUCAUCAAAUAUCUAACAGAAACUGUAUCCGAAUACCAAAUGCUACAACACUUUGAAGCUUCAGGUAAACUGAAGACUCAGAAACAAGUAGAUAAUCAUGUAGAUAACAAUGUCAAUGCAAAUGUUAUUGUUGACAAACAAACGCAAGAUACUAGCACGCAGAUCAAUGGUGUGUCUAAAGAAAAUAAUAAAGGAUUUAGCAAACGCAUUGAAUCAUUUGUUGAAGACUUGAUUAAUAUAAUAGCCAUAGUUCCUACAAGAGAUAUUACCUAUGCUUUACAUUUGGAAGCUGUUAAUUGUGCCUUAAUUCUUCUGACAAAUAAUGUUUUUUCAAAUCAGAAGACUGAAGACUCCGUGAUAUACAAAACUGUUAUGCAAGGUGUGUGUUGUGUUAAAGCUGCCCCAUUGACGAGAGCCUUAUUACAACAUAUAAGUCAUUGCACAAAGGCACCACCUUCGAUGUUUGGAAACGCAAGUGGAGGAUCUUUUGUAUUAGGUAUUUAAUUACAACAAAAAAAUCUAUAUUAAAAUUAUAUUUUUAUAUUUAUAUUUUAUUUUUCAGAUCUGUGGUCUUUACUGACUUUCUCAAAUCGAGAUCACAAACAACCAGAAAACUUUCGAGAGACAACACCAUUAGCAAAUCACAGUCUCUUGUUAUUGCUCGUGUUGACUAACCAUUGUACAACUCAGAAGAACGUGUAUAGAGAUUGCUUGUUUAGUUGUGUUGACACUAAUGAUCCUAGCAAUAAUGACUCAAUAAGCUUUCGUGUUGACUUCUUACCAUUGUUUAACACUUUGUGCAACAUUGUAUGCCUGGAUCAAGCAACGCUUUUGUUGUAUUUAUUGCUGCAUAAAAAUCAAAAUUUUAAAAAGUUUGUUCUGACGAAUCAAAAUCUAGACUUGUUGGUUGUUCCAAUAUUGAGGACUUUGUACAAUGCCCCAAAUAGUACAUCCCAUCACAUAUACAUGUCUUUGAUUAUUUUAUUGAUGUUGAGCGAAGAUGAUGGUUUUAAUAAAAGUGUACACCAAAUGCAAUUAAAAUCUAUUCCCUGGUACACGGAAAGAAGCAUGACUGAAAUAUCUUUAGGCGGUUUAUUGAUUCUUGUAAUCAUUCGGACUAUACAAUACAAUAUGAUUAAAAUGAGGGAUAAAUAUUUGCAUACGAAUUGUCUUGCUGCACUAGCUAAUAUGUCAGGUCAAUUCAGAGACCUCCAUCCUUACGUUGCCCAAAGAUUAGUCAGUUUAUUCGAAACGUUAGCCAAAAAACAUUCAAGACUUCAACUUAUGUUGCAAAAGAAAACGCAAAACGUUCCUGUUGAAACUGUUAUCAAUACUACGGAUUCAAACGAUUUGGAGCAAGACUUGAUAGUUUUAGAAGAAGUCCUUCGUAUGGUUUUGGAUUUAAACUCUUGUCUUAGUCAACAGUUACCUGCAUGUCCCAAUCUAGUUUACGCUUUGUUGUACAACAAACAUAUUUUCGAACCCUUUAGGACUAAUGCUGCUUUUCAAGAUAUAAUACAAAACAUCGACAUGGUGAUAGGAUUCUUUUCCUCAAGACUACAAAGGGUGCAAGAGCAGAGCGAGUUAGGAGUGCAUGAAGUUCUGGUCACGAUUAAUAAAGGUUCCACACAAUGGUCAAAGGAUAGAUUAAGGAAAUUCCCAGAAUUAAAGUUUAAGUAUGUCGAAGAAGAGUCUCCAGAAGAAUUUUUCAUUCCGUACAUUUGGGGCUUGGUGCUUAAUGGUAGUGCUUUAUAUUUUAAUUCGGAAAGCUUGACAUCAGUUGCUACUGUGUAAAUUCCAGAUCUAUGAAUUAUACAACCCUCGAGACUUAUUAAAAACACAGUUUGAACUGUCAACUGUUUAUUUAUUUGACCGAUCAUAAAUAUAAUGUAGAUCCUUAAAGACACAUAGAUAAUAUAAUCAAC